CUGUCGUCAAUGUGUGUAUGCGGAUGGACAUGUGAUGCACUCAUGGAUGGACGUAUCUGUCAGUCGAAUGAAUGAAUGCACCCACCAACAUUUGUCGACGAAACACCACAGAAGCUGUCGAAGCCAUCUUUCUGUACACGCUUGCUACGGUAGUCAAAUCCCAAGUGACCGCGUCAGAAGCAGAAACCGCCCACAUCCCCCACCCCACCUUACAAACAAUCCCGACCAUCAGCCCACAUCUACCUCCCUAUGACCACUGGUCAUCCCUCAGACCGCCUGCGCCAUUCUGUCGAUGCUGAUGCUGCCUCGGCAGCUGCGAUAUCGGCGGCAACGGCAUCGGCUCCCUCCGAUAUUCACGCCGACUACGAUGGCUCGGGUACGAGCGCUGGGCUGACGCGCUCCUCUGCAAAUGCUGACCGGGGCCUGGGCGAGGCUGCACACUGUCGGCCGAUCGGACAUUGGUGGACCGAGCUGCCACAGCUGCCAGGGUGGACUGAGCCGCCUCUGCGUGUUGCGAGGCCGCCAUCAUGGUGGACAUGUCGGUGAUGUUGCGCGACAUGGCCUCCGUCGCAAAGGCGGUAGUGUCGUCACACCCGUCAUCGAAGCUCGCCGGGUGGAAGGGGACAGAUGAUGCUGGUCGAGCUGCCGGCCCGGCCGACUUGCUGACGAUGCCGAGGCUGCCCCUGGACACCUCCUGGGGGCCCUCGCCCCUCACCUGACGCUCCAGGUGAGUCACCCAGACGGGCAGAUAGACCAAGACGAAGUCAGCGAGUGUGUUGAUGACUGUCUUGGAGAGGUGGUCCGAGAGCGACAGGCCGAUGAGCACGGGUGAGGAGGGCGAGGAGGGGGAGUGCCGGAGGGAGGGGGGCAGCACGUCACACCAGUCCGGGUCAAAGUGAUCGGGGGGCCUUCUCGAUGGCGACGCAGCUGCUGCAGCAGCUGCGACUGAUGGGGCGUGGGGUCUGGGGUGUGAGAAUGUGGGGGAUUGCAGCCGGGCGGCCGCUGACCGGAGGGCCAGGAACAGCUGGUCGGAGCUGCCAGGGGCCAGGACGGAACCAACCUACACCCAUCCACGCAGAGAUAGAUAGAUACACUUGCAUUCCAUGCCGUGUGCGGUGUGUGCUGUGGCCUUACGUCUUGCAGAAGAUUUUCGAGUCUUGUCCUGGCUUUGUUCCACUUGGGGCUGUCCAUCCGCAGCACUGCCUCACUCGCCUUCCAGCGACACAGAGGCCACCUGUAUGAUAUGCACACACGGCCAGUGGACCACAUACACACACAUAACUAUAUAUAUCCAAGUCCGCUCCGUCCCCAGUGUGUCACCCACUCGUUGUUACCUCUCCGGUGCGUCAGAGUAUCGUCCCCUGUGCAUGUUCCUUGCGGCCCUCCUCCAGCGCAUGAUGGAGUCCUGCAUCUGUUCACGCCACCAGGCCACGUCCAUCAACACUCCCAGCGGGGGGAAACCCACACCACCACCACGAGCGUUAGACACCCCACGAGGCUCGUCCUGACACAAAGACCCGAGCAGGAACGACACACCCAUGCCAUGGAUGGAAUGAAGGAGGCCAUUGGGUGCGUGCUGUUCCAUUCCAUUCCAUGCACCUGUUUCUUGAUCCGCCCCCACAUGAUUUGCAGUGUCGGGUUGCGCCGCAUGGCCUGCAGCCACCCCAGCCGGUCCAGCCACAGAUGGUCGGCGGCAUGCCGGUCCAGGAAAUGGAGCGCACGCAGCUUCCUGCCCACGCCGCACAACCUGAAUGCCAUGAUACGAUACACACAUAGCGAGUGGAUGGAUGGAUGCGUCAGUCAUCCGUCGAUUCGAUGGGGGCUGGGCUGCUGUGGCCUCACUUGUGGAGGGCGUCCUGCAUGGCGCAAGUGCGGUUCAUUGCGAGUCGCCUGGUCAGCAGGUACCUCAGUCGCUGCCUGUCGUGUGUCAUGGCCUGCCAGGCACGCCAUAUGCGACGCAGCCGAUCCUCCCGGUGGAACUGACUCACCACCUGCACACAUGACAUGACACCCACCAAUCCAAUCCCUCUGCCAGAAACUGCAUCUCCCCUCCACUGCAUCUCCGCUCCAGUUACCUGGAGGAGCCUCUGGUGGUCUUUGGACAUGCGGACAUACUGCACCCAGACGCCCCAUAUGUGCCGCAAGCAGUGCUCCGACGCCAUCCGACGCGCCUCGUCCGUCGAGCGACGCCGACGGCGGUGCCGCGCCGCCCAGCCCUGCCAGUGGUGCGUCCGUGUGCGCAACACCUGAUACAUUCAUUGAUCCAUCCAGACAUUUCGCCAGAAAUCGUUGGGUGUGUGUGUAGGGGCUGACCUUGCGUUGCUGCAUGUGUGCAAAGGAUCGCUGUGCGUCCUGUUGGAUGCGCCUUGAGUGGAGGGCGUGGAGGUGCAUGGCGUCGAAGCAUCUCCUCUGCAGCUGGUGUGCGUAGUGCACGUCGGUGAGCUGGGCGCACUUGAGCUGCAUGGCUGUGAAGUGACGCCACAUAGCGAAAUAGGCUACCACCGUCGACGAUGCACGGCGGCGGAGGAUCUAUGAAAAGGGGCCAAGACAGAAGCUAGUAUUUACAUCUCUCUCUCUCUCUGUGUGUGUGUGUGCGUGUGUGUCUGGGUGGGCUGACCUGUUUGUUUCUCGUCUUUCGUUGUGUCCAGGCCCGCCACUCGCCGACCACGGCCGCCUUGAGGUGUGGCAGCCGAGCAGCUAUGAAGGACGACGCCUUCCGACGCAACUGAAGCAAGGCACACAGACAGACAGACAGACAGACGUCCAUGGCGUGGAUGGUACGUGGGGCGUUCUGUCUGAUCGAUGUCCAUGUAACUAAGGUACCUGUGCCCUGGUGCGUGUCUGUUGUGCCCACGCUGCGACUGCGAUGGCGAGCAGCUUCUCGUCAGACAGUAUGCCCAGCUAAUUGAUACAUUGAUUACACACACGGAAAUACGGACAGAGAGCGUAUGUAUGUCUGUGUGUGGUUGUGUGUGAGAGAUGGGGUCUGCUUGGGUUGCCUACCCGCCUGUAGAGCUGCCGUCGCCGAGUCCACCACACCCACUGCUGCAGCGACUGCACAACACACACAUACACACAAACGUGAACGCACCCCAGCAAAUGUAUGUUAUGUUUCCUCAAGUGAGCCAUCAGUGAGUGAGUGAGUAGCUCGGUCGGUCACCUUUCUGGCAUUGUUGGCGGUUGUGUGCUUGACGAGUGUGUUGUGGGCGUGCCUGUGCAUCCGGCGAGUGCGGCACUCCGACCACCAAUGCCGCAGACGCACACGCAGCACCACACUGCACACACACAACACACACAGACAGAGAGACACGGAUGCACCACCCACCCACAUGCCUUUCCUCUGUCCCCCUCCCCCCAGCUCACUCACCUGCUGCCAAUGGCCGUGAGGUCCGUGAGGCGCUUCCUGUCGCCAUACCAGCCGUACCACCGCGCCAGGGUCUUGCGCGCCAGGUGGGUUAGGAAGUGCGACAGGGCCACCAGUGCGGCGUGCCUGGUGUGCUGCCGCACUUGCGUGUAUUGGUGCCAGUGGCGGAUGGCGGCCUUAGCGCGGCUCCGGCUGCCUCGGGCGUGCAGGGUGCGAUGCCGCUGACGGGUGCGGACAUAGGACUGAUACACACAUACACACGGGGGAUUGCAAGGCGUGUGUGUGAGAGAAUUGUGUGUGUGUGUGUGUGUGUUACCUGCCAUGUGUGUAUGGCUCUGUGGCCUUUGCUGUGCAGCUGUGCGAGGUGGAAGGCGUCGGCACACUCGCGGACCUGGUGCUGUUGCGACACACAUCACACAAGAGAGUCUUUCGAGCAACCUCCUUCGCCUGUGUGGCCAUGUGAGUGAGUGGGCUGUCUUACCUCGUGGUGUGUGAGGUCUUUCCAGUAGGUGAAGAAGUGCUUGAAUGUGUGCUGGGCCUGCCGACAGGACACAGCCGCACCCAACUGACGCAGCAACACCUGCACAGCACAAACGAAACGGCCCACAUACACAGACAUAAAGCGAAGAUCCUGCCUGCUCGUAUGCACAGACCCGUCUCUGGACGAAGUAUUUCCAUGCCUCGAAGGCCCGACACUCAAGCACACGACAAUCGCUGCAGACACACGUGAUCGCAUCGCAUCACAGCCGUAUGAAUGAGAGAGACGGCCAGACAUCAAAACACAAGGUCACACCUACCUGUUGAAGAGUAUGUCCCAGGCCCUCUUCCUCUGUAUCUGCUGCAGGCGGUGUCUGAGCAAACCCAGCCACCCGUGGGCCACCAGCUGACGCUCACGCACACCCGACAAACGGUGCUCUAAGGCGGACACGGUGGCCGUGUGCUGCUCUACCACACUGAAUGAAUGAACCAACCAGGAAGGACAACACACGCGCAGAAGGAGUGACACACAGGGCUGUGUGUGUGGGUGUGUGGGUGUGUGUGGGUGACCUGAGCCAUCCUUUGAAGUAGAGCGUGAGCUUUGCCUUGUUCCACCUCGAGAGGAAUGCCGCCACGCGUGUGUUGAGGACCCCCUGCCGCUCAUACAUCUGACGCCACUCAGACCAACACCUGCACACGCACACACAGAAUGUGAUACACACACCGACCAUGCCACAUCCGAUGACACACACACAUGCAUCCCCCCUCCCGCCCCUCACAUAACCUACGUCUUGGUGAGCCGCUGUUGGUAUCUCUGCCCGAGCCCCUCGCUCUUGUCCAUCAGCCCCCUCUGCACCAGCGCCCAGUACCGCCAGCACUUGAAGGUCCGGGCAAACAGGUCUCGCAGGGGAAUGCUGGCAUACACGCCGAGGUGCUGUGAGAGCCGCAGCCGUUGCUCCUUGCCCUGGCGGAGUGCCUGCAGGAGGCUGGCGAACGAGACGCGCUUGAGCUGCAUGUCCCAGUGGCACGAGGCCGACUGGCGGCGAGUCUGCUCGUGAGUGAAGCCAUGCACCCAUCGGGACCACCUGAAUCAGAUCAGCGACGGAGGAGGGAGGGAGGGAGGGAGGGAGGGAUCUGUGUGUGCCUUGGCUGUGUGUGUGUGUGAAGGUGACGUGACUUACGUGUUGAGAGUGUGCCGUCCUCUGAUGAGCUGCAGCCUCUCUGAUGCUGCGAGUGUGCGCGCAGCCAUGGCGUCCGAGAACUCCGACAGUCGGCUGUGCGAGUGCUUCAGCAGCCGGCGGCCGACGAUGCGGCUGGCAGUAGACAGACAGACAGAUGGGAGUGUGUAAACGUGUCUGUCCUGGGGCACCCACCUGAUGCUGUUGAGUGCCUUUGUGUGCUGUGUGACGAGCCGCCAUGCGUCGAACAGGAGCCUGGCGAAGGCGAGGCGCUUCGCGGGGAUGAGCACCCGCUCGGCCACGUAGAACUGACGCUGCUUGGUCCGCCAGUAGCGCCACAGCGCACCCACCAGACGGCUGGCGUGUCGCGAGGACACCUCACCACCAAUGGCAGCCAGACGCUGGCACACACACAUGGAGAGUCAGAGAGAGAAUGAGUGCGAUCAAAUCCACUGGUGGAUUUGGCUUGUGUGUGUCUGUGUGUCUGUACCUUUGCCCCAGCCAUGCGGUGUUUGUGUUGUCUCAGGCGCUGCAAUGCCUCCCUCCUUCGCUUGGCGUCGAGCCGCAUGCGCAUGGCCGCCACCUUGGCGGACCGCCGCCCACACGUCCGCCACACGUCGAAGCAAAACUUGAGCAAACGACACACCUGAUACACACGAAGAACAAGAUGAAAGAGGGAGAUGUUGUGUGUGUUCAGUUGGUGUAUGAUUUCUUUCGUUGCCCCCCUGCCUGUGAUGUGUGCAUGAGGUUUGCGAUUUGUCUGCGGUCGCUGCCGUGUCUGGCCGGCACCCGCCACACACUCACUAUCCGCUCCAACACUAUACGCGCACGGUAGCUCGCCUGGCAAACACACACACAGACAGACAGACCAAGGGGAGGGGCACACACAUGAUGCGAUGCGGCAUAUGUCCAUCCACACGUGCGUGUGUGUGUGCAUAGACACGUACGGCGGCAGCUUCCUUCUGGUGUUGCCUGCUGAGCGCCGUGGCGUUGGCUUGCCACUGGUGGAGGUGCUGGGCCAUGAGGGACAAACGGUAGUGGGAGGUGGCGAGGCGGCACCUCUGACGACUCCACUGACGGCCAACUACUCACAAACACACAACACAAUAGACAGACACCCAUACAUGCGUUUGUUUGUCAGUCUGUGUCUCUCCCUCCCUCCCUCUCCCUGUCCCUCUCACCGGUCCACUGUGCCCAUUUGUGUAUGGCGUCCCGCGACCGUUGUCCCCACACCGACAUGACCACCGCCUCAGACCGCCGACGCACAGCCCGCCGCAGCAUGGCGUAGUGGUGCCACCUCAACAGACCCUCAUGCACGCGUGUGGCGGCCGAGUUCUCCUCCCACUCUCGCAGCCGCUGUCGCCUCAGCCGUCUGGAUCGUGCCCACGUGUGCCAUUGUCGGAGGGCUGAGGAGCCGAGGGUGUGUGAGCGUCGGCGGCACAUGUCGCGGGCCCCCUCCCUGGCGAAGGCCCUCUCGGCUGCCCACUUCCGCCACGCGUCGAACAACACCUGACGCAUACGCUCCCCCUGUAUACAGAGAGCAUUUCGGUUUCGUGGAUCGAUGGGCGUGUUGUGUCGGUGUGGCUUGUUCUUUCGCCCACCUUACCUUGAGUAGGUGGAGUGUGAGGACAGUCUGCCGUCUGCGUCUCUUGCGGUGUGCCCUCGACUGCCACGCCCGCAGACGCUCGAUGAUGUUGAGACGCUGCUUGUCACGAUAACGCUGCUCACGAACUGGAUCAUACCCCCACACACACAGACAGACACAAGCGCAUGGAUCCCAUCCACGCCAUGGAUCGGAUCAACCUGCUUUUCGUUUUGUGCUGGGCUCUGUCUGUCCGCCUACGUGUGGCCUGUCGCCAUUCUGAGAAGGCCUCCCACUUGGCCCGGUGCAUCGCACGGCUGCGGAAGAAUGACACGACCUUUUUGUCUCUCGCCUUGAGCUCGUGGUAGAGGCUCCACGUCACGAACGCCGCCUCCAGUCGACGGCGCCACCGCUGGCGCUCGUGCAGCAACGCCUGACAAACGCACACGCAUACACACACGUCCACACAGACAGGCACUGGUCAACGAGCAGCCAGCAUGCCGCCCCUGACUGACCUUCCAUCCGAUGAAGAGGUCCUUGAGCCGCUGCGCCUCAAGAUACUCCACCAACGUACGCGCCAACACAUCUGACAGUCCAUCCAUCGCAGGAAUGCAAUACAGCAAUCACUGCACACGAGAACCGUCCCCUCUCCUCUCCCUUCUCACCAUACUGUGCCGUCCGGUCGGUGGCCUCCUCGUCAGGCCGUCUUCUCACCGUCACCCGCAGCACACCGUCCCUCUGCCCCCGAGACGGACUCACCAGCAUCCGUGUGCCGGUGGGUGGCUGUGAUGGCGCCAUGCCCAUGCCUCUAUCGCCACGGCGGAUGCGGAGCUGCAGCGACCCCUCCCGCUGCAGCUCCAGCUCCUGCCUGUCCGACAGGAGAGGCGCCGACACGUGACCCGUCACGUGGUGGGUGUGCACCGAUGCGGGCACGGAGGGCGACCGGCGGGGGGCAUAGCGGCCGUCAGACGGGCCCAAAGAGGGGGAGGGGGGCACUGGCCUUGGCUGGUGGUGCGAUAUGUACUCCAUGGGUGGGCUGGCAGGGCCGUAGGUGGACCGCCGACCCACUGCAGCAGGGGGGGUGAAGGACGUGGGGCGAUGACGGAAGUGGGUGUCGUCAUGGGUGCUCCUCAUGCUGUCGUCACGAAACGUGUAUGGCGCCGUCCCGCUCGCCUGGUCGUCUUCACGCAGCAGCCCCCUCGCAGAUAGCGGAGGCGGCCUGGGGGCCAGUGGUGGCUUGACGCCGACAUAGGGAUAUGGCCGAGCAGGAAGACGGUCGUCGGCAGCCACGUGAGCCCUUGUCUGUGUGGCGAUGCCCUCAUCCGUGUGAACGUGGCUGUGGUGAUGAUGGUGUAUUGCCUCGCCGAUGACGGGUUCCUGGCCCAUCUGGUGGUAGAGCUGGGGGUACUUGGCCUUGAGCUGCUGCCGCCUCGCCGCCAGGGAUGCCCGCAUCGACUGCAGGGUCUGACAGAAGGCGUCCGUCGAGCUCUGUGGGUCGGGCUGGUCACUCGCCAUCGGUGGCGACGGAGACCGCCGUGGGCUCUCGACAUACCGCACCCGCACCCGCAUGUUGGUGUCGUCCGAGUGCUGGUACUGCGAUAGGGGUGGCGGCGACACCCGAUGCAACGGCAGCUGGUCAUAGGCGACCGGCCUCGUGGAUGUGACCCUCACGGGAACACCGCCCGCGCUCCUCUCGUCCCUAUCAUAGCGCACCUCGGCUGACUCAUCGUCAUACACGUGUGAGUGGCUGUGCCGCGCCAGGGCCUCUCGCGAUGCCGAAGCAAGUGAUGGCCGGGGCAGGUCUUCAUGGUCUGCAAUGCCGCCAUCCGCUCCUCCGGCUGCUGUAUGCGUCACUGACUCAGAGCCUCUCGUCUGUGGCACACCAGGCUGUAUACGGCAUACAAUAAGGAACAAAGAGGAGAUGUAGAGUGCAUAUGGCAGCAAUUAUGGGUGCCGUGACGCGGCUGUGAGUACCUACCUCCUGGGGCGCUUGAGGGGGCGCUGCAUGGAUGAUUCUACUCGUCGGUGCACCGUGGUGGCCACCACGCGCCUCAGCAGCGAUGAAUCGUGGAGUUGGAGCAUGCGGAUCCAUCUGAAAAUACACUAUUCUAGCACUACCACCU